AAGAAAUGAAUCCACAUCCAUACAAGUCAUUUAAAAAGUCAAGCUCGAUGUAUGCGUCAGGGGAUUACAACCAGAUCAACCCGUUUGCGCCACCACCUCGGCCAGAGAAUCUGGACGAAAAAGGAGGUGCCAAGACCUACAUGAUGUAUGGCAAAUCAAUGCAGUCACAAGAUAGCAUCAACAUCAGUGGACUUGACAAUGGAGGAAUGCCCCCGAACAUGUUUUGGUGAAACAACUUCAUUGCAGGCUCGAACACCUUCAAUAACAACUUCACAUCAAACAUGAGCAUGAUGCAGAAGUCUAACGACUUUGGAAUGAUCAAUGACACCUUUGAGCAUAUUGACAAGGGAAAUAGGAGGUCAAAUAAGAAAGGCAUGUCAACACUGGCUCCACUCAACUCGAACUCAGAAGUGCUGAACAAGGAAAUUACUCAACAGCUUUCUCAAAGCGAAAAUCAUGUGAGUUCUCGACCAAAGUUCUCAUCAAUUGUGAGUAGACCCAGGAUGAGAUAUUCCCAGAUGAAUUCGAAAUCAGCAGAUUUCAAUGAUUUUAACUUUUCCCGUUCCGGCCAAUUCAACAAUUGGACUAUGGGAGGUGGUAAGAACCUCCCAAUGAACAUGAACUUUGACGAUCGUGCUAGUGAAAUAAGCUAUGGUCGAAGAAACAGCGGAGAUGGGGAGCACAUGUACAGUCAAAUCCCUCCACAAGGCUCAUUUGAUCCCAAGAAAUCUAUCAUGAGCAACCAUUAUUUCACAGACCAUAAUCCUUAUGGAUGGCAAAGACAAGGCCCUUCUUCACCUACAGAUACCAUAAAAUAACUCAAAAUUUGUGAAUGAGAAGCUGGCUAGCUUGGAAAAAUACAAUUUUUCGUAUGAAGAUCUAGAGUCAUUCCCUCUUCCUCCAAUUCCUAGGGAGUAUAAAGCUUACAACAAGUUGUUCACACCUUCAAAAUAUGACAGCUACAUCGAGAGACUUCUGAAGGAAGCCAACGAGUUGAUCUCCAGUGACCAACUUGAAAGAGCAAAGAUGCUCUACCUUAAGGUCACUAAACUAGACCCUUACAUGGGUGAAGUCUGGAGAUUACUAGGAAUCAUCUAUUACAACCAAGGCAAGUUCAUUGAGGCCUACAACUGCUUCCAUGGAUACAUCUUUCACUGAAAUACUGAGCGGGAGGAUCCCAACUUCUGGCUCCAAAUGUGAGAUGUUUACGUCAAACUUGAGUUGUACGAUUACUCAAUCAAGGUUCUAAACAGUCUGCUCAAUAUGGAUAUCGAUGAACAAACAAUGGUUAGGAUAUACUACACACUCGGAACAGUGUAUUGUGAGAUCUAUGAACUUGAUAAAGCUCUAGAGGUCCUAAAAAAAGCUCUCAAGAUACGUAGCAUUCACAAGAACUUCACCUUCAAGAUCUGGCUCAUAAUGGGUCAAAUAGAGGAGGAGAAGUCUAGCUUUGGAAAUGCCAUCAACUGCUACAAGCAAGCUCUAGAUUUGGAUAUAAAUAAUCGGAGAGCUUAUGCCUACCUGGCUUGGUGCUGCUUCAAAAUAAAGGAUAAGAAACAAUGCAGCCAAUACACUCAAGCUUUAAAUGACUCAAUUAGUAAUGGGAUCGACGAAGAAGCAUGUAUUUGUAGAUACAUUCAGGCUAGGCAUUAUGCAGAGUCCUAUAACUCCCACGAUGCCAUAAAAGUGCUUAAAGAUUGAGUAAGAAAUGACCCUCAAAAUCCUGCUUUCCUAAGCUCCCUCUCUGUGAUCCUUUUUGACACAAACGAGAUCGAAGAAGCACUAAAGUAUGCCGGACUAGCAGUCGAAGCAGACAGAUUUUCUCCUCAGAUCCUCUUCAACUAUGCUGUCCUUCUAGAAAAAGUUGGAAAGGAACAAGACACACUUCAAUACUACGAGAAACUAGAACAGUUUAUCAAAUUCGAAGAAUUUGCAAAGAACAGGCUUCAGAUAAUUCAGAGCAAGAAAGAAGCUCUCCCUGAAAACUCCCUCAGCCAGAGGAUUAUUCACCUAAAUCAUCUUGAUCAUAUCAUCAAGGGAGGCAUAAAGCUGCACAAAAGGAAAGCCAGAGCAGAUACAAGCAGGCUAAGAUGAAUACAUCCUGAACUUAAGGGUCAUCACCAAAUCACCAAUGAUAAAUAAGUCGAACCAUUACGAGAAGCCCCUAGAAAUGUCAACUGGGUUCCUCAGCCCAGCCCAAAUCAAAGGUCCAGUAACUGAGCAUAAAGAUGCAGAGGAUCCUCUUUCUUUGCUAGGUAAAGGCUCUUCCAUAAUAGGUAAAAAUCUUGCUGAAAAAGACCAAAACGAGGCUGCUAAUGCAGAGAACUCAGGGUCAAAGCUCUCAAUGCUUCAAUUACUCAGAGAAGGAGAGAAGUUAAGAAUGAAAGACUCAAAUCCCCAAAGAAUCUUAGACUGCAAGCCCCGGCCACGCCGCCAAAACUCUGCUUCAAAAGAAGAACCCAGGAAUGACUUCCAAGGAUUCAAGCCUGAAGAAAGACAAACUGACAAGAAUGAAUCGGAGAUCAGUUUCGGUCAAAACAAUAUGAAAAAUAGUGAUUUCAUGACAAUGGUUGCCACAUAUAUCGAGAGCCACGAUCCAUCCAAGAAAGGUAGCUUUGAGAACUCCAAAGAGAAGAGCAUGGAAUUCCAGUCUUUAAUGCACAACCUUGAGAAGCUCUGUUCAGUUUACAAGAGUAAGCAAGAAUCUGCUCCAGAAGAUCCAGCUCCUGCAGCCGAACUUAGUAUGACAAAUAAGUCCAAAACCCCUUCGUUCAAAAACAAAUCAGUUGAUAGUGCCCACAGCGGUGAUUUUGGAGUCCUUCAAAACAUUCUGGGUCCAAAGAGACCUAGGAAGAAGAGAGACCCGAAAUAAUGUAGUCUACUCUACAGCUGACAGCCAGAACCAAUGCUGAAUAGCUUCAUUUGGUACUUUCUCAUAGAGAAAGCAGGGAUAACAACUUUGUUUCAACAAUUACCUA